AAUCACACGCCCACAACCACAGCAACAGCAGCCAGAACCGCCAACAAAAACACGCCUGAGCCUCAGCCAAAGCAGUCACUGGAGCCACUGUAACCACUGGAGCCACUGGAGCCACUGCCUUGGCAGAGGUCGCCUCAUUUUAAUUUUAAUGUUAAUUCGAUUCUUUUGUUCUCUUUAAAUUCAAAUCGUUUGUUGUUUGUUAAAUUACACCUCUUUCAGGCCCGGCCGCCAUCCAUCCAAAAUCUUACAAAAAAUAACAGAAAAUUGACAAAAGCACAAAUCUUGACUAUAAGCGUUCUGAUAUUGAAUCAUUCCUAACGGGCAUAAAUAUAAUUUACGAGCCGCCUGCCUGUCUUGGCAGCGCCCCGCGCGUCUUCAGAGUCAACGGGCUUUGUAAGGUUCCGGCUAGCACUCAGACAUUUGAGCUGGAUGGAAAAGAAAUGACCGUUGCAGAGUACUACAAGUCUCGGCAGUAUAAUUUAAAGUUUCCGAACCUUCUCUGCUUGCAUGUUGGGCCGCCGUUGAAGCACAUUUACUUGCCUAUCGAACUAUGUCGCAUUGAGGAUGGGCAGACACUGAAUCGCAAGGAUGGAGCUAAUCAGGUGGCGGCCAUGAUUAAGUAUGCUGCCACUUCCACCAACGAGAGGAAGGCCAAGAUCAUCCGCUUGAUGGAAUAUUUCAGGCACAAUUUAGACCCGACCAUCAGCCACUUUGGCAUACGUCUGGGCAGUGACUUCAUCGUCGUGAAUACACGCACGCUCAAUGCUCCUCAGAUUGAGUACAAAAACAAUUUGGCCUCGGUGAGGAACGGUUCGUGGCGCAUGGAUGGCAUGCAAUUCCUUGAACCCAAGCCAAAGUCACAUAAAUGGGCCAUACUCUACGGCAAGAUUAACUACCUGUUUGUGGACGAGCUUCAGAAGAUGGUUCUUCAGAAGAGUCGCAAAGUCAAUCUGUGCCUGGAUGCCAAGGCCGAGAAACUGUACUACAAGGAUGAACUUCAUAAGUUCCAACAAUCCUACCCCGAGCACAUAAUCUAUUAUCGUUUUUUUUUUUGUUUUUUUUAAUUUUAUUUUAUUAGAAAUCAGCUUUACUUAAACUAUGAUCUAAUAUUAGUGAUAUUUACAUUGGCUUACUACAUAUUAUAAGAGUUUAAUGAUUAGGUUUAUAUAUACAUUUUAAUGAUGUGUUAUUC